GUUUCGGAAGUGGUGGUGACGUAAACAGCGCACCUAGACGUACCGGAGAGGGGACGAAGUGGCGCCGGAGAUCCAGAGAGUUCUCAUCCAAGAUGACUUCAGUGACCAAAUCAGAGAUCACAGAAGAAGAGGAAUCAGAGACGGCUACUCAUGAUCAUCCAUUACCAUCCAGUCUCAACCGUGUGGAAAUGUUUACUAAAUCAUCUGCCUCCCUGGAGACGACUCAAGGCAUUUCAAAGGGAAGAAGUCACCUUGGCUCUGGCCCUGAAAAGGGGGCAAGUUGUGAUGUCUGCCACCAGGAAGGACUUCAGUUGAGGUCUUUUCAUUUGUCCCCUCAAGAACAGUCUGUCCGUCAUCAAGACAGAAGGCAAUCCUGGCGACGAGCAAGUAUGAAAGAAGUAAACCGGCGGAAGUCCCUACCUCCCUUUCACCAGGGCAUUACAGAGCUUAGCAGGUCUAUCAGUGGUGACUUACCAGAAAGCAAAAGGCUUGGUGCUCUCCUGUUUUCCAGUUUCCAGUUCUCUGUUCAGAAACUCGAACCUUUCCUAAGGGACACUAAGGGCUUCAGUCUGGAAAGUUUUAGAGCAAAAGCAUCUUCUCUUUCUGAAGAAUUGAAACAUUUUGCAGACAGACUGGAAAGUGAUGGUAUUUUACAAAAAUGCUUUGAAGAGUCAAAAGAAAAAGCAUCAGAUUUUUCUCUGGAAACAUCAGUGGCUGAGAUGAAGGAGUAUAUAGCAAAAUUUUCUUUAGAAAGUCAAACCUGGGAUCAGCUCUUGCAGCGUUACCAGAAGGAAGCACUGCCAGAAGCAAUGUCCAGAAGCUCACUUGCAACCAAAAUCACUGAAGUCAACAUGGACCCUAAAAUAUACCUUGGGUCUUCCCAAAGUGCAGUUCUCAACACAAAGCCUGACUACCAGGAAAUUAUACGGAGCCAGAACAAAGUCUUUGAUUGUAUGGAGUUGGUGAUGGAUGAGCUCCAAGGAUCAGUGAAGCAGCUGCAGGCAUUCAUGGAUGAAAGUACCCAGUGUCUCCAGAAGGUGUCAGUACAGCUCCAAAAGAGAAGCAUGGAACAAUUAGAUCAUUCACCUGCUCGAAAACUGCUCAAACUUCACCUACAGAACCCUGUCACACAGUGCUCUCCAUCUUGUCAGUGAUGUUAUCCAGAUUUUCUGCCAUGCAAUAGUCAGAAGAUAGGACUAGGAAGAGUAUCCCAGCAUGUGGUGUUUCUGUGGCAUUCUGGACUGGAAAGUUCUGUCUGUUGCCCUUGAGGAUAUUUGGCUGAUUGCAGAGAACUUGGACUUUUUUCAGAGUGAUGGAAUUUGUGCAUCCAAAAGAAUGUUGGAGACAUACUUUCUCCUGGAAUGUUCAAAAUGCUCAAAGCCUCUUUUUUGAAAUGGCCUUCAGAAUCAGCUGCUCGUUCUGUUAAAUAUCCUUCAUGGUCAGAACUGUU